AUGAGGACGCUGGCCGAGAGCGAGCACCAUGUCGCCGAGUUUGUCAUGCCGACGGACCUCCACCGCCAGGGAAUGACUUGCGCCAUCUUUACCCGGCGAAGUCAGGAAGCGGACGACUUGGCGGCACUCUUGUCCACGCCGGGUUUCCGGCACCUCGACUUGGCCCUUUUCACGGGGUAUGGCUUGCCCGAAGACUGGGACGAUUUAAGCAUGGGCUCAUUACGACAGCUGCUGGCCGGUGCACCACAACUUGAGCAUUUCAGUUUCUCUUGUUCUACAGACCCCGGAUCCGAUCAGCCGGCCGUCCUUGUGCAAGAGAUAUUCCCCGUGGCAUCGUGGCCAAACCUGCGGCAUUUUGGUAUCCACCAGCUCACCGUGGUGGAAAAGUCAGGCCUUGUCUCCCUACUAUCGGCGCUGCCAGUCUCGCUUCGCUCUGUCAAGCUAAGCCAGCUUGCCUUUGAAGAAGAAAACUCGUACCAUACGCUGCUGUGUGACAUGCGCGACAAGCUCGGCUGGAGGAACCGUGCUCCUGACCAAAGACCCCAUGUGAGACUCAUCUUUCACGUGAAAACCAUGGAGGAGAUGGAAUUUCCAGAACCAACUGAUGACCCAGCGGAUUAUCUACUUGUUGACGAGCCGGCAAACAUGUAUCUGUACAGCAGUACAGAGACGAACGGUAGCCCGAACCCCUUUUCAGAAGACUGGCCCAAUUUCCCAAUCGCAGGCAUAGGAAUUGUUGGACGAAGCUAUGCUGAUCCAUCGUUCAAGAAGCAAUGCAGUCUUACUCUCGCACAACGGCGAAUUCUGUUUUGUGAAUGA